CUCAAGCGGCAGCACAGCACAUGCCUGCCUGGAGUGCAAGCAGCACGAAACCCAUUCGGCCAAAACAGUGGUUUCAUCGGUUUAUAAACGAAAAUACAAAGCAACCUGCUUAUAUUUCACAUCCAAGACACCACAAUGGCCCUAUCCCUCGCAACCCGCCCUUUCGCGAGCUCUGCUUGCACCGCUCGCGUCAGCCGCGCCAGCCGGGUGUCGCGCAGCGUAAUGUGUGUCAAGGCACAGCAAACGUCAAAGACGACUAAGAUCUCGAAGGAUCUCGAGACCGCCCUGCUAUCCGCCGCGCUGACUGCGGCCGUGCCCCUGGCCGCGCACGCCGACGAGCCGGUGGCUGCCGCCGCGGCAGCUGUCAGUGAGGGGGCAGGCGGCUUCGGCGCGGGCGAGACGGCCCUGCUGGUGACCCCCGUGGUGGUGUACGCCGCCUUCUCGGUGUAUCGCGAGAAGCUCAACCCGCGCGCCUCCUUCCUGGACUACAUCUACAUCAUGGUGUUCCUGGCCAUUGUGGCCAAUCUGGUGUCCAUCGUGGCGUUCAAGACCCGGUUCUUCUAAGCAGCGCCUCACGAGGCCAGGGCAGGAGGGGCGGACUGCAGCCGACCCGUGUUGAGGCUGGCGGCAGCUGUGGGGUGCCGCGCACAUGUGCAGCUGCAGUCGCACCGCACGGGAGGCAGCUGGCGCCGUGCGAGGUAAUCGGGAUGUGCCGGUUGUGACGGGUGGGUCGGACCGCACGUGUACCAGUUUUGUUGAAGGACAGGGGUGCUGGCAGCGGCGCAUGGCCACACUGCACCUGGGUUGCAGGGCAUUCCGCUGCUCCUUGCCGUGCACUCCGUUGUGUGUGCGUGUGGGCAGCGCAUGGUAUAGUAUACGGCGUUGGGGCGUCCACGCGAGACAGCUGAUUACGUGACCCGCCCAGCUUUGAGAGGCGCUGGCGGACUAGUUGAGGCAUGCUGAGGAGAACUCAACAUCGGACCGGGAUUGUGAAUUGUUGUAUGUGUGUGAGCAACGGAUAAAGUCGAUGGAAGUAAGUUUGGAGCGUUGCUCGGGUGUUGACGCCGGCAGGGCGGGUGGCUGCAGAUUUGGGGGGCUUGGCACGAGUGGUCGAUGCCCUGUGAUGGAUAGAAACUUAUACUCCAAUCUUUUGUAAAUGUAAUAAGUGCACUUU